AUGUAAUUAAUUAUGCUAAUGCAACCUCUUUUUAUGAUAAUUGAAAAUGGAUUAGAAGAGUGGAGUCCUGAUUAUUCUAUUGUUCAUCUAAUAACUUUAUUAAUAUUUAGAUAAGAUGUACUUCUUUUAGAUUAUGACAUUACUUUUACAAGAAUAUACUUAGUCGUUUUGGUAAUUUUCACAAUUCAAAAAGUGUGGUAAUUUACUAUAACAUUUAUGCUUUAUCGGAUUAAGGAUCGUGAACAAUAAUUUUAGAAAGUAGAAGAAUGCUCCUAUUUUAGAAUUACAAUAAUAAUAUUAGCAAUAUAUACAUAAUUUGCAAAUACAAUUUUGCAUUUAUUAUUUUCAACCCUUUGUAUAAUAAGUUUUACAGCUUGUAUUAAAAAUGGUUAGGAAUAUGUUCAUCUUAUUUUAUCUUUACUUACAUAUAUCUUCUGGUAGGUUGAUUAUUUAAUAACAUAUACAAUAUCCAGUACAUCUCUAACUUUUAAGCAUAAUUAUUUAGAUAUAUCAUAAACUACAAUAUUAACUUAUUUAACCUAUCUUAUUUAGUAAUUAUAAAUCAUAAUUUUUUGUAUUUUACUUAAUAAAAAUAAUGUUAAACUCACCAAUAUUGUAUUAUUAUUAUUAGACAUAUUAUCUUAAAUAAUGAAUCAAUUAUUAUUUUAAACUUAUAUAUAUAAAGAGUCAAGAUAAUUAAUAUAUUUUAUUUCCUCACUAAAAUUUGUUUUGUGUUUUUAUUUUUUUGGAAAAUCAUUUAAUCAAAAUGAAAUGUUUGAAAAUUUAAUUAUUCCAUUGUUGUUGUUACCUUUAGUUUAUUAUGGAUUAAUGACAUUAGAUAGUAAAAUUCAUUAUGAAGCCUUUGCUAAUAUGUUUAAAGAAGAACCAGAUUUAAAUAAGUUAGUCUAUUAAUUAAAACUUAUUUUAAAUUAAUGUGAUUUAGAAAAAUAAAUGAUGAUUCCUUUAAAAUCUUCUUUAAUUAAUAAAUUUCAUCGUAAAUUAUGUCAUAAUCCAUUAUGUAUUUGUUCAAAUAAAAUUUUUAUUUCUGAAAUUUCAUAAGCAAAUGCUAUUACGUAAUAAAUUUUAAAAUAAUUUAUUUUCAAUAAAGUUUAAUUUAUAUUAGACUCUAAAGAAGCUUAAAAGAGCCACUAAUAUAAUUAAUUAAUCAUUAUUUAAACAUUAUUUUAAUAUGAUUUUGGUUGGUUAACAGAUUCUAUAAAGAAUUUAACUUAAUUAUUGAAUUGUCAUACCAAUAAUUAAAACUUUAUAAUAAAAAAGGAAAUAUAAAAAAAGAGUGUUUAUGAAGAAUCUUGUAAUGAAACUUCAACAAGAAAAGAUAAAUCAGAUGAACAUUAAACAUAAUAUAUUAGAUUAAAAAUUUAGUUAAAUAUAAUUGAUUAAUGUAGAAUAAAUUAUAUUCUUUAUUUAGCAAAAUUUAAACUUAAAUCAUUUCUUGGAACUUCAAUGCAUGCUUAUUAAUAAAUAAUGGUUACUGAUUUUAUUUAAUCAUAUUUGACUUAUGAUUAAUGUUUAAAAUAAAUUCAAUCUUAAACAAUAGAAACUAUUAAUGAUAAAAUUGAAUUUUAUUAUAACAUAUUAAAGGAUGAUAAAUAAAAUUUAAAUAAUUUAGGUAAAUUUACAAAAGAAAUAUGUUUUAAACUUAAUAAAUUGAAAAAAAGAUUAAAAUAAAUAUAUGCAGUAUAUCCAUGUUCAAGUAUUUAGAGAUGUAUUUGUUUCUUUUAAUGUGAAUUAUUGAAUAAUUAUUAUGAAGCCAAUAAAACAUCUACUCUUACAUCAAUGUAAGAUGAUAAAAUGUUUAGAAAUAAGAAAAUCACAAAUUAUGAUAUUUAAGUUGAUUAGACAGCUUAUGCUAUACUUACAAUUAAAGGAGAAUUAGAUGAUUUUCAUAUAGAAUAAAUGUCAUCAUAUUUUUUAAAAUUGAUUGGCAAAUAAUCAUGUAAAGAUAUUCAUUUUUUUUAAUUAUUACCACGUUUUAUGAAAAAUUGGCAUCCUUCAUUUAUUCACAAUUUUUUUAAUGAUGGAUAAUCCAGAUAUUACAAAAGUUUUAAUCAAAGUUUUAUUUCAACUAAUAUUGGUCUACUUAAGACUGUUUAUUUAUGUUAUGACAUUACAAGAAUUUUAUCUAAUUAAAAUCUUGUUUUUGCAGCUUUUUUAUAAGAAUUACCUGAUUAAAAAUGUUUUCUAUUAGCAUAUGGUACUAAUUAAAGAAUAACAUUUUCAGAAAACUUUUUUAAAAAAAUAGGUUUUAAUUAAAAAAUAAUACUUGGACUUCCAUAAGUCUUAUCAAUUGUUAAUGGACUUUAUUUAUAAUACUUAAUACCAUCAUUUCCAUAAGAAGAUAUAGAAAGAGAUACAUUUCAACUAAAUACUGAGAUGAGAUUUUUAAAUGAUAAGCAUUUAAAGGAAGUUUAAGAUGAAGGAAUAGAUUUAGGAAUGUAUAUUUUGGAUCCAAAAUAAUGGUAAAAAGAGGAUUAGAUUUGCCUUUAUUCUGUUUCUAUCAUAGUUACUAAAAGAUAUGUAGCUUAAUAAUCUUAUUUAUUAAUUGAAUUUUCAACAAUAACAAAAUUGGCUAAAAAUUUAACUGACACUUCAAAAUUUUAAACAAUAUAAAUUAUUGAUAUAACAUCUCUUUAAUCUUAAGAAGCUUAAUUUAUUAAUGAUAGUUUUGCAUCUUUAAUGAAUUUAAGUGAUGAAGCUGAACCAAAAAAGGUAAAUAUUUUUGAUGUUAGAAUGAAAGAAUUUCUAUAAAAUGAAUUAUUAGAAGAUGAUGCUGUUAACAUUGCUUCAUUUAGAAAAGAUGAACUUAAUAAUAAUAUAGUUCCUCAAAGUCAUCGAUUAUUGCUUACAGAAAGAAAAAAAGAAAUAUAAUAAGAAUUUUUUAACAUUUAAUAAAUGAAUAUAGAUUCAUUAAAACAAUCUUCUAUUUACGAAUCUCAUAAAUAGAGAGAAGCUGAACAUAAUGUUAUUGAUGAAAUUUAAUCUUAAUAAUCUUCAGUUGGAGGAGUGAAAGAAUCUCAAUUAUUUAAAAAAUUUGAAAUGAUUGAGAAAAUCAUUAAGAAAAAGAAGUUUGAUAAAAUGACAAUAUAUCUAAUAUUACUUUUACUACAAACAGCUUUCUUUAUUUCGUUUGCAUUAAUUGUAAUAACUAUGAUAUCAGCAGAAUUAUUAAUGUUUAUUUAAGAGAUUGAUAUGAUUUCCUUACAUGCUAAUAUAAUGGCACCACAUGAUUUAUAUUUAUCAAUAAAAGUAACAAUUUCAGCAUAUUAAUAAUAAUAUCGUGAAAAGUAUAUUGAUAAUGCAACAUUAUACAAAUUGAUAGAUCCAUUGUAUUAAUUUAAUGCUCCAUAUUAUUUUGAUUUACAAAAUAAUUUAUACGAUGUUUUAUAAAAUGAGCAUUUAUCAACAUUUUUUACUGAUCAAUAUGUAACAGUUUAUUUUAUGGGAAAUAAUGAUUCUGUAACUUAUACAAAAGAAAUAUCUUUUAGAGAAGAAUUACUUGCAAUUUUACAUGCUUAAUAUUAAUUUAAACGAGUAUUUGAUGCUAGAAAGAAUGCAAAUGGUUAAGCUUGUUAAGUAUUAUAAUUUGCAAAUUACUUUAAUUUAUAAGAUAAAUUAGAAGAAUUAACAAACGAAAUCUUAUAAUAUUCAAAAAAUAGAAGUGCAGCUGCAGCAGAUUAAUGGUUUAUUAUAUGGUUAAUUUAUUAAUUAAUUGCAAUUUGUAUUGGAAUCACUACUUUAUUUUAUAAAAGAAGUAUUUUAAAAACAUAUGAAAAAUUAUUGAGUUUAUUUUAUUAUUCAGAUAAAAAUUCACUUGAAUAAGAAAUUUAAAAAUUGAAACAUUUAAAUACUUUAAUAUAAUAGAAUUAAGAUUUAUUAUCAAAAUAUGAUUUUAAUUUUAGAGAGAGAGAAGAUUUAGUGAAUAGAAAGAAGAAAGAAAGUUAAUAAACAAGAUUAGAGAAACCCAAAAAGUAAGGUGAACGAAAGUUGUAAAAAAUUAUUCCAAUAAUAGCAUUUUUUUGCAUUUAUAUAUUCUUUUUAGUGUAUUCAGUAAUAAUUCAAGAAGAAACAAAGAAUUAUUUAACAAAGUAUAAAUAGACAACAGAUUUUUAUCGAUUAGUUUAAGAUCUUAGUUUUAGAAGUGGAAAUAUUUAUGUGUAUAGAGAAAUCUUUUUUAGAUGGUCUAAUUUUUCAUAUUUAGAAAAAACUGAUUUGAAUCGUUUAUAUGGUUUAGUAGACAAAUCUUAAGAUGUAAUGUAAGUAUAUGUGAAUGGUUUAUCACAAUAAUAAUAAGGAGAUUAUUUAUUUUCAGAUAGCUAUAUAGAAUUUGUAAGCUAAGUUGAGAAUUCAAAUCUUUGUAACUUUAUAAAUCCAGUAUAUAAAUAUAUAAUAAAAAAUAGAAGUACUUGAAUUUAACUCAAUAUUGUGAAUAUGCAUUGGAUGGAGUAUUAAUGAAAGGAAUGAUACCUAGUUUGAAUUACAUAUCUCAAUCUAUUCGUAGUUAAUAAGCUAUUAACAAUUUUACGAAAAGAGCUGAAGUUCACUUUUAUGAAUUAGAAGGAGCUUAAGUAAUUUGUUUGGCAUUUUAGAAUGUAUCAGAAAAGUUAAAGUAAGGAAUGAUUGAACUAACACAUAGUUUUAAUCAAAUAAAUGAGGUAUUUUUAAUAUAUUAUUAAUUUAAAUAGAUCCUUUCUUACUUAUUUUUAUUUUCUUAAUUGUUUUUUUCAAUUGUUUUUAUGACCUGUUUCAGAAAGAACUUAUUAACAGAAUUCACUAUGUAUAAAAAAUCUCUACAAUUGAUACCUAUUCAAGUAUUGCUUGGAGAUGAUUCUUUAGAAAGAGCUUUGCGAUAAUUUGAAUUUACAGAAAAAAUAUGA